AUAAAGUAUAAUAGACAGCAGGUAAAUUAAAAUUGAGUUAAACAAGAUUGUAAUCUAAAUAUGCCAAAAAUAUCAUCAGAUACCGUUUUAAAUAGUUUAAAGGCUAAGCCACAAAAGCGCAAGAAGUCACCGUGUUCAACACGAGAACCAGUUUCCAAGAAAACAAAGCAAGAAAGUGAAUCAGAAAAAGAAGAAGAUUACACAGACAGAUUUAAGUUUGUUUUAGCACCGAAAAAUAGAUCAGCAACACCACAAAGCAGUACGAGUUCAGACGAAGAGAGUUCGAAAGCUGAAACACCUCCAAAACGCAAGAAAAAGACCAAAAAAGCAUCAAAACUGGAUGAAAAUAAGAACAGUAAGAAGACUUUCGAUAGUUCUAGAAAUUUGAAUGGAAAUCAAAAGAAAACUAAUGGAACGUCUAAGCAGAUUGCAAAGUAUGACUAUGAGGAAGAAUCAGAGACUGAUGAUAGCUACUUAACAGAGGAUCUAGAAUCAUUUUCAGGAGAAGAAGAAGAAAACUGCGACGCUGAAUGGUCAACAGAUACCGACUAUACAUCUCAUUCAUUCCAUGAGAGUGAUUGCGAAAGUAUCGAAAGUGAUAGUAGUACGAACGAAGAAAACGACUGUGAUUAUUUCGGCGAUGAAUCAACAGACGAUGAAGAUUAUGCCCCACCAAUUGAAGAUAAAUAUGUAAGAAAAGGUGAAGCAGUUAUGUACGAUGCAAAAGGAUUGAAUUUAGCAUUUGGCGAUUCUACUGAAAGUCAAAUAAUGGAUUUAAAUGAUGUCAGUGCUGCUGUGAUUGACGAAGAUGAAGCACCUCAAUUGGUUCCAAUUAAUCCAGACGAUAUAGCUGUCGAAACUCAUAAGUCAGAUGAGAGUGGUCAAAAUAUAACUCCAACAAUUAGUGCCACGGAAGAUACAUUGAAAAAUCUUUCACUCAAUGAUGAUGACGAGACAGUAGAAAGCUCUCAGCUUUUGCAACGUGCUUCAUUUUAUAAUUGCAGUGAUAACCACGGUGUUAUUGUUAAAUUAAACAGAACUAUUCAUUUCCAUGGAAUUUUAGUCAUCAAACCACUUGUCAACAGCAUUCAAGUGAACGGAUUUACUCUUUAUACAAAUGAAAGUCUGAAGGCUACUUCCAUAUCACGUACUGAUUAUUUCUUGAAUUUAACACCAAUUAUUGAUGAGAAUCAAAAUAUUAAUAGAAAUGAACUACAUGAAGAAUUGAAGAAUCAUUUGCAAACAGUCACCGAUGCUGAUGAAAUUCUUAACAAUUUAAAUCCACAAAAAGACGUUUUGUUACAUUUGCAGCUUGGAUUACCAGACUCAAAAGUUAAAAUGCUCCAAACUUAUUUAUAUGAUCCAAUUUUACCUCACAAAAAUAUGAUACUGAAGAACAGCGUAUGUCCAACCAGUGAAUUACAGUUGGCAACAAAAUUCUUCGUCAGCGAUGAGAACCGAAAAUUGGGUGCAUUUAAGAUUAAUUUUGAUUGGGAUCACGUUGAUGUAAAGUCAAAUACUAGACUUAUGAUUAUCGGAGGUAAAAACGUUGGAAAGUCAGCUAUGUGCCAAUAUUUAAUUAACAAAAACAUUUCAAAGUAUCCAAAAAUGUUGUUGAUUGAUCUCGAUAUUGGACAGCCAAUUUAUGCACCAUCACAGACAUUAAGUGCAACGCUUAUUACAGAGCCAUUGAUUGGUGCUGGAUAUUUAAACAAUGCAACUAUAGAAAAAUGUAUUCUUUUUGGCGAUAAAUCCAUGAUGAUUUCACCAUUUAAGUACAGUGAGCGUGUCUUGAAAUUGAUGGAAUUUUGUAAUGCAAAUGAAAACUACAAGAAUAUUCCAUGGAUAAUCAAUACAAUGGGCUAUCAUAAAGGUUUUGGAAUGCAAUUAAUGUGCCUCCUCUUGCGUAUAAUUCAACCAUCAGAAAUUGUACAAAUACAGCACUCAAAUAUGAGGUUUAAUUUUAGAAGCAUUAUGAAAGAAUCGUUUGUAAACAACUUCACAUUUACAUUCUUUAAUGAAUCUUAUUUGCAAAGGUUUCCACGCGAAGUCAAAUACACAACACAUGUCCUCGACUCAAUUGUCAAUAAUAGCGCUCAACAAGGAAAUAAUGAUGGAAAAGAAUGGACAUCAAAUGCAACUGAAAAGCGGAAAAUUUCAAUGAUAGCACAGUUGUCAAAGCUGAUGAAAGGCGGUCAAACAUAUUUGAAUGAUGUUGUGCCUUUCGGAACUUCAUUAGAUAAUAUUCGUCUGAUUGUAAUGGAGGAAGAGUAUGAACAGCACGAUAAUGGAGUCAAUUUAGAUCUAUUUAAUGGAAAUCUUGUAUACUUAUGUCACUGUGAAAAUAAUCAGACUCUUGAUUUAAAUUCCAUUCUCGAAUGCUAUGGCGUCGGUAUAGUUCGAGCAAUCGACAAAGUGCACAAUUACAUCUACAUUCUACUACCGCAGCAAGACAAUUCUGAGAAUCUUCAAGCUAUGAUCAAUGUGCUAGCGAUUGGAAACAUUCCUUUGCCGCCUGAAAUGCUUCUUAAACAAAAUUUCGGAGUCAAUGGAACAAUUCCUCAUGUGACAUUUGUCAAGGACCAAAGUAUGAGCAAGAAGAAGUACAUUAACAAGCGUAAUAUCAAGGAUUGCUUUUAAAAAGUCUAUUGGAAUAUCAAAGAAGAAUUUGCCUAUAGAAGUAUGGGAAAUGCAAAAAAUCAGCUUUUUGAAGAAUUGAGAUGAAUGAGGAAGAAAGAGAACUCAAAAUAUAAGUCAAAGAUUUUUUUUAUUACUUAUUUCUUGUUAUUCAAUAAAAUUAAUAUUUUUUUUAUCGCUUUGAAGUUACGAAGAAAAAAUUUGUUAUAAAUUCUAGUUGACAGAA